UAGGAGGUGCCGGUCGCGCCUGCGCGUUUGGCUCCUGCCUGCGGGAAGAUGGUGCUCAUCAAGGAAUUCCGGGUGGUUCUGCCAUGCUCUGUGCAAGAGUAUCAAGUUGGGCAACUUUAUUCUGUGGCUGAAGCCAGUAAAAAUGAAACAGGUGGAGGUGAAGGGAUUCAAGUCUUAACGAACGAGCCUUAUGAGAAGGAUGGCGAAAAGGGACAGUACACUCAUAAGAUCUACCACCUGAAGAGCAAAGUGCCUGGGUUUGUGCGGAUGUUUGCCCCAGAAGGCUCGCUGGUAUUUCACGAAAAGGCCUGGAACGCGUACCCAUACUGCCGGACAAUUGUGACUAAUGAAUACAUGAAAGAUGACUUCUUCAUCAAGAUUGAGACUUGGCACAAGCCAGACUUGGGGACAUCAGACAACGUGCACGAGUUGGAUCCCAGCACUUGGAAGACGGUGGAGGUGGUCCACAUCGACAUUGCGGACAGAAGCCAGGUGGAGCCUGGGGACUAUAAAGCUGACGAGGACCCAGCAUUGUUCCAGUCAGUUAAGACCAAGAGAGGCCCUUUGGGUGCCGACUGGAAGGUCCUAAAACCCUUUCACCUGUUACUAGGGAUUUUAUGUAAGGAGGAGUUCCUGGCUUUAAGCAAAAUCCAAAUUUUGGCAUGGCAUGUUGCUGUAGCUGGAGAAAGCAGUGAGAAGGAGCUGGCCGCCGAUGAAGACUGCCCAGAAAUGUGUGCCUACAAGUUGGUGACGAUCAAGUUCAAGUGGUGGGGGCUGCAGAACAAAAUAGAGAACUUUAUCCAGAAGCAAGAAAAGAGGAUAUUCACCAACUUCCACCGCCAGCUCUUCUGCUGGAUUGACCGGUGGAUUGACCUGACUAUGGAGGACAUCCGGCGGAUGGAGGACGAAACGCAGAGAGAGCUGGAGGCGUUGCGUAAUCAAGGCGAAGUAAGAGGAACGAGUGCUGCCAAUGACGAGUGAAGAAGGUCGGUCUGCUCACGCGUGGCCUGUUGACCCACCUGGGUGUGUGCGCAUGUAUGUAUGAUUCUUGGCAUGCAUGCACACAUGCAAGGGGUGCAUACUUACACCGAGGGGCGGCCACAGUUUCUCCAGAGUGCUGAAACCCUUCCAGAAAGGACAUACUCUCAUUGUAUCGGCCAAAGCUAAGAAAGCUCCCCAGAGACCUUUAGGGGGAGAACUGGCUGGAUUAUGUUAACUGAUGUGCCACAAGACCAUCGAUGUUGGACCAGUCCACAUUCUCUUAGCCCUUCCCAGUUGCGUCUCCCCAUGGUUAGAGCUUGCCUUGUCUUCAUUUAUGCCAACAGAUGUGGAUCAGCAAUUGAACCCCCGUUUUGCAUUAUCCCUUCAUAAUCCUGGGAUGGGAACACUGAAUGUAUUUAUAGUUAUUUAUUUCUGGAUUGUUACUACCUUGGAAUCAAAUCGGAAACAUUUCUUGUAACAAGAAUCAAAUUUUUGCUAUCCAGUGAAAAAUACAAGGCUGGCUUCCAUUUUGCCAGAGUUUUGUACAUUGAAGAUACAGUUGUUUCUUCAUCAAGGUUGGCAAAAUCGGAAAAGCUUGCGUCAAAGCAGCAUGAUAAAAGGGGACAGUGCUGCAGCUGUUUCGUCACUGAGCGUGAGCUGACAUGAAAGGACAGAACAUCUCACGAGAAAGAGCACUGCUUCCCAGCUCUUGGUUGGGAAGCUCUGCAAAAGCUCUGUUCUGUACCAACUGUGUGAUGACAUUAAUUAGCUCUCUUCAUGCUCAAAACAUAAUCCUUCAAAGAGAUGUUUCCCUGCAGGUAUAAAUAUAUAUGCCUAAAAUUGAAACUGUUGCAAUUUCUCUAUUGGUUAGAAAAAGGAGAUAAGCAGCCAGCAUCCUGAAGACCUUCCUGUCGCUGUUUUCAGUUAAGAAAAGUGGAUCCUACCUUGGACACGGACUGCUUGCUAAGGCAGCAGCAAACUCUUGUAGGGCCCACGUGAAUUAUGCCUCGGCCCAACAGUUCUGCAGUCAGACGAAGAGAAGCCUCCUUACCCUCUCAUGCCAGCGGCUUCAGAGGUGGGCGAUUUGGCAGGUGUGGCUUGCGCACCUGCAUGGGCUGCCGCGUCUCCAUCUGAAGCUGUUGGGCCGACCUUUUCAGGAUGCUUGUUUGUCACCCUAUCAGAAGAUUGGCUUUGUAAAUAUAUAAAUAAUGUUUUUCAGGGACUUGCUAAAAUCAGCUGUUGCUAAUUCAAGAAUCCAGGGGCUGGCUUCUUUCAGAACAGCAGUCUAUUCCUAGCAGCAUAGGGAGGGCCCGAAUGUGUGCCCCAAAGAGUGAGUUGCAUCACACAUCAGUGGGGUGGGUUUGAGAUGGGAAUUAGUCAUAAACAUUGAAGGGGGACUUUGUAGAGAAUGUAAAAUUUAGUUUACUUCUGCAGUUUCUGGACUGAACUGCAUUAAAAACAUUUAAAUAAAUUUGCUCACAAAACA